UUAACAGAAACUAUAAGAGAUAUUCAGGAGAAAUGAGGCCCAGUGUGUUUAUUUAAACAUUUAAACUCGGAAACGAAACUCACCAACAGAGGAAACAAGACAGUCUUCAAGCGAGAUUUGAGCAGUUCGCGAGAUUUUUAGUUAUCAGAGGAGACGACGGCAGUGAGUGUACAUCAAUACUGUCUGUGCAUUGAGGAAGAGUGUCAUUCCUCUGCAGGUGGAGGGAGCUUCUUCCACGAUGGACCCGUCAGAGACGACCAGAAAACGUUUAGAAGACUUUUCUAGAAAACGAAAGGGUGCUGUGAAGAAGAUGGCAGAGAGCUGGAAAGAAGCAGAGACUUUAUCCUGCUCCAUAUGCUUGGACAUACUGAGAAGCCCUGUGACUCUGCAUUGUGGCCACAGCUACUGUAAGGACUGUAUAAAUGGUUACUGGAACCAGGAGGACCACCGUGGUGUUUACAGCUGUCCCCAGUGUAGACACACUUUCAUCCCCAGACCUGUGUUGAACAAGAACACAGUGCUGGCUGAUUUGGCAGGGAAAAUGUCAGAGGCAGAAGCACCCACCCCUCCUGAGAAGGAAGUAGUGGGCCCGGGGGAUGUGGAGUGUGAUUUCUGCACUGUGAAGAAGCUGAAAGCUGUCAAGUCUUGCCUGGUGUGUUUGGCUUCUUACUGUGCCACUCACUUGCAGCCACAUUACGAGUCUGCUGCUUUCAAAAGGCACAAGUUAGUGGAGGUGUCUGCCUCCAUCCGAGAGAAGAUCUGCUCCAAGCAUGACAAGCUGCUGGAAGUCUACUGUCGCAGUGAUGGCCAGUGUAUUUGUCUGCUCUGUGUGAUGGAUGAACACAAAGGUCAUGACACUGUUUCAGCCGCAGCAGAGAGGAAAGAGAAACAAAAACAAUUUGGAAAGAAAAAACAAAGAUACCAGCAGGGAAUACAGGAAAAAGAGAAGCAGCUGCGACAGCUGAGACAGAACAUGAAAGCACUGCAGUGUUCUGGAGAUGCAGCGGUUGAUCAAAAUGAGAAAGCCUUCGCUGAAAUUGUCCAGAUGGCGGAAAAAAGACGAUGUGCCAUGAAAGAGCUGAUCGGAGUUCAGGUGAAGGCUGCAAUGAGCCGAGCUGAGGCAUUUGUGGACCGGCUGGAGAAGGACAUCUCUGAACUGAGGAAGGGAGAGGAUGAAGUGAAGCAGCUGUCAAUCACUGAGGACCACAUCCAUUUCCUGCAGCACUGCCAGUCCAUCUUCGACGGUCCAGAACCUGACAUGUCCUCUGAUUUGAACAUCCAUCUACACACACCUUUUGACUUUGUGACAAAGGCUAUUUCUAAUGCGAGAGACGAAAUGGAAAACAUGUCCAAAGCGAUUGCCGAGAUAUCUGAGACAAUUCAAGCUGAUUCUGAUCCUAAGACAAGACAGGAGUUCUCCCUUUAUUCCUGCCACCUCAGUUUGGAUCCCAACACAGCAUUUGAAAACCUUUUGCUCUCUGAGGGAAACAGCAAAGUAACCUGGAUAAAGAAAGCCCAGAAGUAUCCAUACCACCCAGAGAGAUUCACCAAAUAUGACCAAGUGUUGUGCUCCGAAGGUUUAUCUGGAGUUUGCUACUGGGAGGUUGAGUGGCGGGGGUCCAGGGUUGAGGUCGCUGUGUGCUACAAAGGGGCAGAGCUGGAUGAAAGUGGCUUUGGAUACACAGUUCAGUCCUGGUGCAUUUCCCUUUCAAAUACAGGUUGCACCUUUUGGCACGGUGGAAGCCCAACCAAAAUAUCCAACCAUUGCUCCUCUACCGUAGGAGUGUAUCUGAACCAUAAGGUAGGGAGCCUGUCCUUCUACAGCGUGUCUGAAUCUGGUCAAAUGAUGCUCCUUCACAGAGUUCACACCACAUUUUCCCAGCCUCUGUACCCUGGGUUCAUGGUCUCCAAAGGGGCCUCAGUCAGGAUAAUGUCACCAAAGUAAAAGGCAUCCACUGUCAAGGUUGCCCAAGUGACACGUCAGUAUUACAGUUUGGUCAUUCUUUAAAUACCAGUAGUGUUAAAGGGGCGUUCAGUCCAGUCAAGUGUUGCCUUGUGAUCGUUGCUUAUUGUUUGAUUAUAAUCUGUAAAAUGUUUUAUUUGCAAGCAAAAUGCUGAAGAUAAAAAGGUGAGGUUUCUGUGUGUAUCUUACAUGUUUCUCAUCCUGUAAUUACUCAAUUUAAACUGUAAAUUCAGCAUUUUAUUACUCGUGAUUGUUAGUAAAUAGAUAUACAAAUGUUCAUAACAGAAGCCUUGCUAUGUGUUUAUUAUGUUAAUACAAUCUUUAAACAUUCAGUGUUACGUAAAUAGUUUUACCCAGUUACCAGAAAAAAAGGUUGGCAUUGUAUGUUUCUGCAAACCAUGGAUUACAUUUGCACAUGAUUCCAAUCCUUGCUGGAAAGGCAAUACUGUACCUGUAAAAAAACAACUGGUUUUCAUGCCACUAUUCUACAAACACCCAUAUCUGGCGCCUAAAAAGCUGCUGAAAACACAG